UCGAUACUAUCGAUGUGCCCUCUUUGGUUUAACAACAAAAUUUGCAACAAUUAAGCCAAUGAUUAUCUAUGGAGUCUAUAUAGUUAGCAAAUCGGGUGGUCUUAUAUUCAACCUGGACAACCAUGUGCCUCGCAUUGAGCACGAGAAGACAUUCACAUAUCCCCUGGAUCUGGUGCUCGACUACGACUCCAAGAAGGUGUCGGUGGCCUUUAAUCGGAAGGAUGGAAUAAACGUGGGCCAUGUCCUGGUGGCCGUGAAUGGGAUUCCCGUUAAUGGCAUCACACUGGAGGACGGGCGCGACGUGAAAACGACUCUGGAGGCCGCGGAGAACUAUCCCAUAAGCCUGAAGUUCAGCCGUCCCAAGAUGACAACCAACGAGAAGAUCUUUCUGGCCAGCAUGUUCUAUCCGCUGUUCGCCAUCGCCAGCCAACUGAGCCCCGAGCCAAAGAGCUCCGGCAUUGAGCUGCUGGAGGCGGACACCUUCACGCUGCACUGCUUCCAAACACUCACCGGCAUCAAGUUCAUUGUGAUCUCAGAGACGGGGCUCAACGGCAUCGAUCUGCUGCUGCGCAAGGUCUACGAGCUGUACUCGGACUACGUCCUCAAGAAUCCCUUCUACUCGCUGGAGAUGCCCAUUCGGUGCGAGCUCUUCGAUAAUAAGCUGCAGGAGCUCCUCGCGCAGGUGGAGAAGACGGGCAUUAGCAAUAUUGAUAAAUAAACGUUAGCUACAUUUUAUACUCUGUUA